AUGGACGACUCCCAAUCAAGCGAUAGCCAAACCGAUGACAAAGUCGAUUAUUCCCAACUUCGAAAAGCGCUAGACGGAGUAAUCGAUGAAUAUUUUGCCAAAAUGAAUGGACCGAUAUCUGAGGAGCCGCCUCGAAAAAUACACCAUAAGGAUGUUUACAAAUUUACGAUCCGCGCAGAACUACCCAACAUUGAAUUCAUCAAAUUUAUACAUAAGAUAAUGUGGUGUCAUGAUGUUGGAGCUUGGAAAAAGAUUACUUUUGAAAGUGCUAUGGAACUCCGAAGUGUCCUUGAGGAAUUCUGUUUUCAGUGGUGUAGCAGUCUGAUGAGUGAUACGGGGAUAUUUGUUGUAUACAUCCAGUAUACCUACGUAUUUACCGUUGUGUCAUCCGUUGGACCUCAGCAGUACGACAUGAGAAGACCUCGGAUAUCAUGGUAUAACCGGGACAAGGCUUGGAACGCAAUAGACUCUGAAGAUGUUGAGGGACUUCGACGUUUCUUGGGGGAAUUAAGUUAUUUCUGCUGUAUCAAGCUUGAAACCCGCCCUCACAGGCUUCGUGUGGACCUUUCGUCCAAAAAAAGGGAAAAGGAGGAAGAUAUGGCGUACAAAUACAGAGACGACGCACUUCGAGCCGUCAUGCCGAUUUUUCAAAAAAUGAAGGCUCCACAACUUCGAAGAAUCAUCAACGUAAUAUGCGGUGGGACAUAG